UGGACCAGCAGCGCGCUCUCUGGAAAUAGCUCCGGCCCCGGCCCAGGCUCGUCCCCGGCCGGCAGCACCAAGCCUUUUGUGCACGCUGUGCCCCCCUCUGACCCACUCCGCCAGGCCAACCGCCUGCCCAUCAAGGUGCUGAAGAUGCUGACUGCUCGGACUGGCCACAUUUUGCACCCCGAGUACCUGCAGCCCCUGCCCUCCACGCCCGUCAGCCCCAUCGAGCUCGAUGCCAAGAAGAGCCCGCUGGCGCUGCUGGCGCAAACAUGUUCGCAGAUCGGGAAGCCCGACCCCUCGCCCUCCUCCAAACUCUCCUCGGUCGCCUCCAACGGGGGCGGCGCGGGUGGUGCAGGCGGCGGCGCUGGGGGCGACAAGGACGCCAAGUCGGGUAGGAGUGGGGAGAAACCAUAG